AUGGCCCUUGGAGAUUCCCAAAUGGUGGGGAUCCCCAAGAAACCUGUCCCUGGAGAUGCCCACCAACGCUCCCCCAGCCAUGACCCUGCGUCCUGGAAGUUUCAGCUCCUGGCCUGUCCUGAGGUGAGGGCAUUAGACGAACAUGUCCUGCAGCUGGCACCGAGGUACCUGCGGAGCGAGUGCAGCCAGAUGCAGUGGCUGAUGCUCAAUGCCCUCAUCACCACCUGCAACGAGCCCUCGAAGGCCAAAAGCAUGUGGAUCCUGCAGGAAAGCCUCCUGGAGCUACUGCAGGACCUAGAUGACGAGGUGGUCGAAACGAACCUCUCCUUGCUCAAAAUGAUGCUCCAGGCUGCCAACAGCCCAGUUUGCAGCACCCUCGUUCUGGAGCUGACUGGGAGGCUCCAGCCACUCUUUCACCACACCACCAGCAGUGUGCAGCUGCUCUCCCUUGAGCUCUUCCAACGUCUGAUGCAGUCUGUCAACAAAAAGGAAAGACAGCCGAUGAAGACACGGGUGUAUGAGAACGUGAUCGAACUGCUCUGCCUCCUGCAUGCCGAGAGCCCGGAGGUGGCAGAGGCCUCUCGGGUAACCCUGCUUGGAGCUGCCGCCUUCCUGAAGAAGAGGAGGCUCAGAAAGCUCCUGGAGAAGAGGAAGACAUUGGAAGUGGGCAAUGUCCCCUGUCCGUCUGCAGCUGUCAGGGUGCGGCAGCAGAGCCGCGCACUAUGUGCAGCAGGCAGCGCGGUGCCUUUGGAGCCAUCAGCAGCCCAUACGAGAGGCGGCCGUCAGGUUCCUGGGUGCAUUACCCAGCCUCUCUACAUCUUUGAAUGA